GGGAGGAAAGAAGAGCUGUGAGAACGAGCCCUCGCCAAGACCAAAUAUACCACCAGCAUCGGUCUCCCCCGAUGGGAAAUGCGGAGGUCGUAAGGGUUAUACAUGCAGGGGAUCUCCGUUCAGUAGAUGCUGUGGCAAAGACGGUCAUUGGUAAGACUGUCCCUUCCGACUAUUCUAUUCCUUUUUCGAUCGCUAACCCUUCAAAACAGCGGAAACAACGACUUUGCUUGCGGCGAACUAUGCCAACCCUGUUUCGGCGCAUGCAAACGGCCGCGACCCGCCACUCCACCACCUUCCAGCCCCAUCUCGCCCGAUGGAACGUGCGGAGAGCACAGAGGACUCACUUGCAACGGAUCUAGAUUCGGAAGAUGCUGUGGUCCCGAUGGACUAUGCGGAAAUACCCCCUUCGCCUGCGGUCGCGGCUGCCAAUCCCAUUUCGGCUCCUGCGAACGCCCCGCUCCCGUCAUCACGCUCGAGCCAACCCCCGUGUCAUACUCAAAACCGUGCUACAUCCCCGGAUCAACCGUUACUGUAACAAAGUGGCCGGAGGAUCACCAAGAACGCCCUGACGAAGGGCCCCGCCCGCCCCACCACCGUCCAAGCCCAGCCCUCACGACCAUCUCGUCGAUCGAAACAUCCUCUCUCUGCUUCUCGCCCUACACCUGGAGCUUCCCGACUGACAUACCAUCCGGCAUCACCGGCAUCCCGCCCACGCCGACCGCUGGAAGCGGGGGCGGCUACUGCGUUGGCCCGGUUACGACGCGCUCUAUUAGAACACAUGUGAGGACAAGCUUGCUCUGCUUCUCGCCGUAUACGUGGAGUUUCACGACGAAUAUACCGACGGGGAUUACGGGUGUGCCUCCGACGCCGACGGCGGGGGGUGGGGGGCGGGUAUUGUGUUGAGCCGGAGGAGGGGCAUGAGUGGGAUGGGGGAAGUGAGCAUAGGCCGGGGAGAGGAGGAUCGGAUUGGGAUGGUCCUGACCGUGAUGAUGGACCUGAGGGGCGCCCGGGAAGGGGCCGUCCUGAGCAGGAUGGAAGGCCUGAGGAUGGGCCGGGUGGGCUUG